CACAUACUCAUUUAGCAUGUUUAGGAGCUCCUAAUACACUCCCCAUACACCCCAUUCGAACCCCCAAAGAGAUAAGAGAGCAAGGGAAUCCACACAACCCAAGAGAGAAGGAAGGAGGAGAGCAGUCCGCAGGUUCGUUCUUCAGUGCGUAGCUCUGAUUGUUUGAGCCAUAACUUGAGAUUUACUCAUCCAAAUAAGGCGUGCGAGAUACCAACAGAAAGCUCUCAAGACGAGGAAUCCGUGAAGGUCUGGUUUGCAUCAAUCGGAGUAGUGUAAGGCUUCCAAAUCGACCGAGCAAAACACGACCUCGCAGAAUACGUUUUUGUAUUCAAAGUUAGGGAACGAAUUCGUCGGGAAACACCCGUUCUAGGGACUGUUUUUGCAUCAACGAUUAAGGGUUGAACUAGCACUUUGAGGAGGCUGUUUAACACUCAUAUUUGAGCAAGGAAUCAGUUCCAAAUCCACCUUGACCAAAGCUUUGACUAUUGGACCAAGAAGGGAAAGUUUAAAGCUCAAUUGAGGUUGAGGCUAGAGCUUGCAUCCUGUGCUCGUUGAUCGAGUGAUUCCUCGGAGAGAAGACUGGGUUCGUGCUUCCUCCAUUCUAUUUGAAACAUUAAUAAAUUUGCUCAUGGAUAUUUUACUAUAGAGCCUGCGUGCUCAUGAAUAGCCCGGUGUGGCCUUUUGUUUUAAACAAUGUUUUCCGCUGCGUUAUGAAUUACUUAUUAUGUUUGUUUAUGGAUGUUAUAUGUGUGAAUGAUAUUCAUGACGCCUUGUAUAAUAUGAAUGUGUUGGACUGCGGUUGACUAUUCGUAUUGUACGGCGGGUUGUUGACGUGUCCGGGUAGGUCCGGGGCGUGACACAACUAUUAUGAGGAUGCUGGACAAAAACGCCAUGAAGGUGGUAGAAGCAGUUUUGUCAUUGUUUCUCGUGGCGCUUGCUUGCUCGAGAUGCUUCAAAAAAUACAUGCAGCUACAAUGAUUACUCCGACUAGUUCUUUGCAUUUGAAAAUGAAAUUUCCAAUGAACGGGGGAAAGUACAUGCUUAUGCCCCUAACUGAUGAACUAGAUAUAUCAAAUAUGUGGUCGAUAAUUGAGAUGGAGGCUAUGUCCACCCUGAAGAUAUACAUUGAGGACUCCAUAUGUGACACAUCUGCUACUCCAUCAACAUCAAAUGCUGUUGUAUCUAGGCGUGGUGUGAAUGCAGGGAACUCCUCACAUGCUGUUGUACUGGACAUGGUUGUAGAGGAAGAGAGUAUGUAUUUGCACAAUGGUGCAUCUUUUUGUGGAUGGGCAGGACACUGAUGAUGAUGCUGAUGAGAACAUCAAUGGUGAUGACAUGACAGAAUAUGAUGAAGAUGAUGGUGAUACUGUCACGGCAACUGCCCCCUCUAGCCACUUUACUAGAAUAUAUGAUCUCUCUGAAGGCUUUACUGAUGUGUGGAUGAGUGGAUCAGGUAUGAAAAGGUUUACCCCCGAAGGUGAGUUUGACGUCGGUCAACAAUUUGACGACAAAGAACAAGUCAUCAAUAUGGUGAGCUUGUAUUCUAUCAAGCGGAACCAAUUUUAUCGGGUGAUGGAGUCCGAUAAACACAAAUGGGUGGAGCAGUGCAAAAGGAAGAAAUAAUGUGAUUGCCCCUGGAGAAUACGCGCCACAAAGAACAAAGGCAACCUUGAUAGCUUCACAAUUGUGGGUUAUCCGGGACCUCAUUCUGCUACGUGUGUUGGCAACACCGACAGUACCGAUCACGUGGCUUUGACUUCAGAUUUCAUCUCUAAAGAUGUGAUUGACAUUGUUCGCACUGAUCCUUCCCUUAAAGUGCAUACUAUCAUUGAGAUGCUGAAGGAAAAGUAUGGGUAUACGGUAUCAUACCGGAGAACAUGGAUGGGGAAGCAAAAGACCAUAGCAGAAAUAUUUGGCAGUUGGGGGAAGUCAUAUUAAUAAUAUUCAUAUAUGCUACAUAAAUGGUUAGAUGGCUAUUUGCUGAUCUAUCUUGCACGUCAGCGGCUUCUGGGCUUGGUGUAUGCAUGGAUGCAUUUGAUCGGAUGUCUGAGGAUCAGAUUACAUGAUUGCCAUAUACAGCUGAGAUGUUUGCAGAGAUGGCCCUCGCUAGAUGAGAGCAUUCUCACAUGUGGCGAGCACGUGUGUCGUUGAUAUGCUUUGACAUUGUUGAGCUGCAUUUGCCUGAUCGUGUAUUGUUACAGUUUGGGUUUGAGCACGUCAUUCCAGCACCUAUCGACACGUAUGUAGAGCUUCAUAGGCCGGAUAGGCGUGGAAAGCAUACGGAGGAUUGGGCACUGAGACAUGUCUGAUAUGUCAUUUGUCCCAUCUGUUUCAGGAGACUACAUGGGAUGAUAUUACAGCAUCACUCGUUUGUUUGUGUCUCCUUUGUUCAGACUCCUUACUCACCAUUACCAGCAUAGCUCUUUGGCUUUGCAUCUUACAACAUGAGCUUUGCAGCGUAUACAUCAGCGGGCUACUGUCACAGUGAGUGAUACGCAGGACGUGGAUAUGUACGGCCAGGUUCUGACGGGCAUUGCCUCCUUGUGUUCAGAUGCCACAUUGAGUGAUACGCAGGACGUGGAUAUGUACGGUCAGGCUUUGACGGGCAUUGCCUCCUUGUGUUCAGAUGUGUUGGGGUGAGUCGACUACGGCUAUCUUAUACACAUUCCUUCAUCUCAGGAUAUGCCAUCGACGUCUAGUGCAACAGCGGCUUCAUCUUCCCAGACUCAGCAUGAGAGAGUGGUUCUUCAACCACGCCAACGGCGUAGGCGUAGGCAGCAACAACAUUUCCAUGACCAAGACGAUCAAGAUGACCAUGACAAUUUGUAGUUUGUCUUUUGUAUUAGAGUUUUUCUUGUACACUACAUUGUAGGCACAAUUGACUUUAUUUUACGUAUUUCCACC